AUGCACCAGCUAUUCGCCCGUCGAGCGAGGCGUGUGACGCAUGGCGUGCGCGUUGGAGCGCGCGCCUGCUUUGCGACGCACGCAGGAUCGGAAGCUCGUGUGCAUCCGUCGCGCAUGCCGCGGUACGCUGAACUGCUCGAGCAGCUGUCGCAGGUCCGUCCUCUGGUCGGUGGCCGGCCCCUGACGCUGUCGGAGAAGCUAUUGUACACGCACCUGCUUGAUCCGGCUGUGGAUCUCGCAGGUGCAGGUGCUGAUGCCAGUAAGGUGCGUGGUGCGCGGUACUUGCGUCUUGGCAUCGACCGCUUGGCGAUGCAGGACGCGUCGGCACAGAUGGCCCUGCUCCAAUUUAUGACGUGUGGCAUGUCGCAAUCGGCCGUGCCGGCGAGCGUGCACUGUGAUCAUCUCAUCCAGGCAUUUGAGGGUGCGCAGGCGGACUUGGAGCGCUCUCUGGACACGCAGCGUGAGGUAUUUGCGUUCCUCGAGUCGGCGUGCCAAAAGUAUGGCAUUGAGUUCUGGCGUCCAGGCAGUGGUAUUAUCCACCAAAUUGUGCUUGAGAACUACGCGGCUCCCGGUCUGCUGAUGCUCGGCACGGACUCGCACACGCCGAAUGCGUCAGGCCUGGGCUGCCUCGCGAUCGGCGUGGGUGGCGCGGACGCCGUCGAUGCCCUCACUGCCACGCCAUGGGAGCUCCUGGCGCCCAAGGUGCUGGGUGUGCACCUGCAUGGCAAACUGUCGCCAUGGUGCUCGGCCAAGGAUGUGAUUCUGCACCUGGCCGGCGAGCUGACCGUGCGUGGCGGCACGGGCUACAUUGUCGAGUACUUUGGCGCUGGACUGCAGACGCUGCCGGCUACGGGCCUGGCUACGAUGUCGAAUAUGGGCGCUGAGAUCGGUGCGACGACGAGUGCGUUCCCAUACACGCCCGCGAUGGGCCGCUACCUUGGCGCGACGGGACGUGAGGCCGUGGCGCGUGCGGCGGAGCAGGCUGCUCGUGCGGGUCUUUUGAGCGCAGAUGCCGGUGCCGAAUACGACCGGGUCAUUGACAUUGACUUGUCCCAGCUGGAGCCGAGUCUGAAUGGCCCUUUCACGCCCGACCUGAAUAUGAAGCUCUCGGACUUUGUGGCGCGGGCGCGCCAGGCAGACUGCCCGCACCCCGUCGAACUGAGUGGGGCAUUGAUUGGGAGCUGCACGAACAGUAGCUAUGCUGAUAUGAGCCGCUGUGCGGACCUUGCGCAGCAAGCACAGGCGCGCGGCAUGAAAGUCCAGGUGCCUUUGGACGUGACGCCCGGCUCGGAGCAGGUGCGUGCGACCAUGGAGCGCGACCAGAUUGAAGCUGCGCUGACGAACGCGGGUGCGCGGGUGCUCGCGAAUGCGUGUGGCCCGUGUAUCGGCCAGUGGAAGCGUGCGGACAAGCAGGGCGAGACCAAUGUGAUCCUGACGUCGUUCAACCGCAACUUCCGUGGUCGUAACGACGGCAAUGCGCAGACGCUCAACUUUCUCGCCGCGCCAGAGAUUGUCACGGCGUAUGCCUUUGCGGGUCGUUUGGACUUUAACCCGAUGACGGAUGCUCUCACGGCGCCGGACGGGUCCGAGUUCCGAUUCGCGCCGCCCGCGGACAAGGAGCUGCCUGAGCAUGGCUAUGCUAUGGGUGAUGCAUCGUACAUGCCCGAGCCGAUGCCUGUGCCGCAGCCGGAUGUGCGUGUGGACAUUGAUCCGAAGAGCGAGCGUCUCGAGGCGCUGCAGCCGUUUGAAAGCUACUUUGCGCAUGGCUCGUAUGAGCUCCCGCCGAUGCGGUGCCUGAUGCGCAUCCGCGGCAAGUGCACGACGGACCACAUCUCGGCCGCCGGUCCCUGGCUCAAGUACAAGGGCCAUUUGAGCCACAUUGCGAACAACACGCUGAUGGGCGCGGUAAAUGACGAGACGGGCCGCGUCAACGAUGCACGCGACUAUGAGGCCGUGGAGCCGCGGCACGAUACGAUCGCUGCGAUGGCUCAGCGAUACAGGGCGCGGGGCCAGCCAUGGGUCCUUGUCGCCGACCACAACUACGGCGAAGGCAGUGCGCGUGAGCAUGCGGCGCUGCAGCUGCGUCUCUUUGGCUGUGCGGUCGUGCUGGCCCGCAGCAUCGCGCGCAUCGCGGAGACGAAUCUGCGGAAGCAGGGCGUCGUGACGCUCUUGUUCGAGAACGAGCAGGACUACGAGCGCAUCGGCAGCGGCGACAUGGUCGAGACGGUCAACCUCGCUGACCUGCUGCGUCCCGGUGUCGAGGACGUGCAGGACGUCCAGGUGCGUGUGCGUGUGACCAAGCUUGAUGACGACGGCAACGUGCGCGAGCAGUUUGAGCUGCCGACGCGCCACUCGCUGAGCAAGACGCAUCUCCAAUGGAUCCGCGCCGGCUCGGCGCUGAACGACAUCCGAGCGAAGGCGUCUCGCCCGCCGAGUGCGCCCUCUGUGCCGCGCUCGGACGUGCGCGCCUUUUCGACGUGUGCGGUGCGCCGCGCUGCGCCGCCGCAGGUGGUGCCGACCGGCAACGACCCACGCUACGAGCAGCUGCGUCAGUUGCUGUUCCCCGCGCCGCCCACGGGCAAGAAGAACACGGGGCCCAAGACGCUCGCGGACGCUGUGGGGCACGGCGAUGUGUCUGCCGACGUCUACGAAACGAUUCACCGCGCAUGGAAGCUGCAUCAGCGGCGGCAGAAGGCGGCCCUCGCCGCGUCGCUCGCGACCAAGCGCGCCCGCCUGGACGAGGCCCUGGAGGACCUGCGUCGCACCGAUACCACGCUGUGGAAACGCGCCAACGAGUACAGCAGCCCGACGAAGCGCAACGCGGAGGAGCAGCAGCGCCUCGCGCAUCUCGGUCUGUCGCAGCAGGCGAGUGCGGACGGCGGCGAAGUCGCCGGCAGUCGCAUGCUCGCCAAGAAACGGGCUCGUCUGAUGGCCCGGACGCGUCUGGCGACGCUGUUUCCACGCGAGCUGCGUGCGCCGACCAUGACGCCACCGACGCGCGGCUGGCCGUCGUAUGCCCCCGAUGAAGAAUAA